GCACAUACAUUUCUGUAAAAACUCUGCAUAGAGUAGAGAAUUAGAACGGAACAACCGAAGUCGUGAGGAAGAUAAAUGGUGCCGUGGGCGUAGUGCGCACACCAUCCCCAACCUCAAGUGAGAGUGGAAAAAAGAUCACUCACUUUCUGGUUCUGCUUGCCUUCUCACUGUUUUAAUACACUGUGUAAACCCAGAAAAUUAAGCAACACACCACCCUUUGUCCCUCCAAUUCCAACCACUAGAAUUCGAAUACCAACUUCACACACCAGAAUUCUUUCAAUAAACCCCAAUUCCUGACAAGAUUAUGGAUCCUCCAUUGGUAAACGAGACCUCCUUCUCUGCAGCUAAUCCAUCUUCCUACACUUUGACCGAGAUUUGGCCUUUUCCUGCAAUUAAUGCACAAGAGGGCGGGGGUGGUGUGUUGGGUCUACGAAUGGGGAAUUUGGCUGGGGGAUUUGGGGAGCGAGAUGGGUCGAUGGAAGAAUCUACCGUGACGGAGCAGAGCGUUGGUGGAGGUGGUGGGAAUGGAAGGAAGAGGAGGGAUUUGAGCUCAGAGGACGAGUCAUCCAAGAUGGUUUCUACUUCCUGCAGUGGCAACGAAUUGAAUGAUUCAAAUGGUAAGCGGAUGAAAAUAUCAGGAUCCCGGAAUGACAGCAGUAAUUCAAAAGCUGAAGUAGAACCAAGUUCUGUUGGCAAUAAAAAGCCAUCUGAGCCACCAAAUCAAGACUAUAUUCAUGUGAGAGCAAGAAGGGGUCAAGCGACUGAUAGUCACAGUCUAGCAGAAAGAGCCAGGAGAGAAAAGAUAAGUGAGAGGAUGAAGAUACUCCAAGAUUUGGUUCCUGGGUGUAAUAAGAUAAUUGGUAAAGCACUUGUUCUUGACGAGAUAAUUAAUUACAUCCAAUCACUACAGCACCAAGUUGAGUUCCUGUCAAUGAAGCUAGAAGCAGUUAAUUCAAGAAUGAACAUGACCCCUGCACUAGAAGGCUUCCAUCCAAAAGAUGUUGGUGCACAGCCAUUUGAUGCUACUGGAAUGAUCUUUGGCCACCAAGCAGCAAGAGAUUAUGCCCAAGCAUCACUAUCCGAAUGGCUGCAUAUGCAGAGUGGCUGAAAUUUUGAAAGAACAACAUAAUCAAUCUACAAAAAUUGCUAUUUUGUUUCUGUACUUGGAGGGAAAUUCAUUAUUAGCUUAAGCAGCCGGUGCAUAUAUGUAUUACCCAUAUGCAUGAUUGGUAUUGAAGUUGUAAUUUGAUAUCGUUUGUAGAAAAUGCAUCUUAAACAAAAUCUCCUGGGGAAGAUCGUAAGAUGUUGAAAGAUAUUUAAAAUUGCGGUGUACAAAUUGUGUGUUAUGAAAGACAAAUGAACUCAUUUCACUCAUGGAAAAUCAAAAGCAAAACAAACAAAUUGCAAUGCU